AGCGUGUUACGUUUAGAAACUCGCUCCCAGUACCUGACAGCUCAGAGCGCUUCGCUCACCGAGGACACCAUCACCUGACGGGACGUCUGACGGCGCUCUCCGCUUCCAGUCCGCCUUUACUUCUGGAGGAGACCUGGAGAAAAGAUGACCUCCCAGGACACUGCUAAAGACUUGGGUCACUGUUCCGAGAGAGAGAAUAACCGAUCGGUCUCCCCAGAAGUGCAGAGGGAAGAGAAGACGUCGCCGAUUCUCCGUCGGCGUCAUCCAUUCAGCGUGGAGGCGCUCAUGUCCGGGGGGACGACGGAUCACCGCACCGAAACGUCCACCUGUUGUAAAACACCUGGAGCCACCGUGUCAGCCCCAGCCGAAGGGCUAAAGUCUUUGUAUCUAUGCCGGGACACGUGUAGUCCUCCCGGGGAAGGUCGGAACAGUUUCGCGGCGGUCCCUUCUUCUCCGGUGAAAUCUGAGGUGUCGGAGUCAGAGGAAUGCUCACACUGGGUUUCUGCCAGCGCCUUCUCCACACAACCACGUCACAUCAGUCCAGGCUGUCAGCUGAGGAAACACAAGACCAACAGAAAACCCCGCACUCCCUUCACUACAUCCCAACUCCUGGCUCUGGAGAGGAAGUUCAGACAGAAGCAGUACCUGUCUAUCGCAGAGCGAGCAGAGUUCUCCUCCUCCCUGACCCUGACGGAGACCCAGGUGAAGAUCUGGUUCCAGAACCGUAGAGCAAAGGCAAAGAGGCUCCAGGAGGCUGAGCUCGAGAAACUCAAGAUGGCCGCUGAUGCCAAGACGGCAGUGGUGGCAGCCACUGCCACUUCUGCAGCGCUACAUCCCGGCUUUACGUUACCACUGUCGCUGGGCGCCAUGUCUCUGUACGGACAUUCGUAUUCCGCCUAUCACCACCACCAAAGACCCAUCCUGCCCAUAUCCCCGUUAGGACUAUAUGCUGCUCCGCUGGGAUACAGCAUGUACCACUUAUCAUAAACACGGAAAUAUUUUAUGUAUUUUGCUUUUAUGCAUUCCAAAAUGGACAGAGAGGAUCUGUGCUUGACAUUUAAAAAAAUAAAUAAAUAGUGUACAGCCUAUCCAUAUCACCUGCACAAGAAGUGUGACAUUCAGAACACUUCAGAUCAAAUUAGCAACCUGUUUUUCUUCCCCUAGGUGAGGAUAGAAAGGUGCUUCCUGUUCUGCCCUCGUCGGACAGCCCGUUUACACUAUUGCCCUGUUAUGCGGAGGGGUGUUUCUGUCUGGGUGCUGUUUAUCCUCUUCACUUGUUUACAUCAGCAAUAAUUGAGCAGGGGCGAGGACUUGCACUGGGCACCAAAGCACAGACCGCAGCUGUUUUCUUAAGCCUUGUUCCCAAUCAGACGCAGUGCCUUGUGUCAGAAAAUGGCCUCAAUGUCAGGAUAAUUGUGAGGAUGAACUGGAGUUUUAGCUUCUCAGGACAGAUUGAACAUAUCACUGAAGCUUUCUUGUGGUUUACACAAACCGAUUGCCUUAAAAAUAACAUUGCAUUCAGGUUAAACCUGAAAGUCACCUACGCUCUAUAUAGCAAAACAUAAUUUAUACCACUAUAGUUGAAGUUUCUGUUUUUCUUCACAACACAUUUAUAGCACAAUAACGUAUUUAUCUCCUAUGAAAUACAAUGCUGGAAAUGUAUGAGUGCCUUAUGUUGUGUAUUUAUGGUAGAGAAUAUGGUACAAAGUUUUACCAAAUGUGUAUUUAUAUUGCUCCUUUUGAGCAUUCUAUGCUGUUUUUGUUUUGUCAUCUGAAAUUAAAGUUGUUUAGAUUCUUAAAUACAGAUAUGUAAUUUUUUAUAGCAAAGAAAAGUAAUACACGAAUACCUAUCUCUAGGUAAAAUUAGUUUUUGUAAGAUUUAGAGGAAGUGCAUCCUUUGCAGCUUUUUUAAACAUAAAUCCAUGUGGCUUUAUGUCCAUGACGGUGUGUCGUCAGAAGAGUUAACAAGACCAUAAACAAGAAACAUGAAUUAUACAAUCAUGCAUUUUCUUCUCACUUAUUCUGCCCUCAUGUCUUUUAUUAGGCUAAAAUGCAUUUCUUGAAUCAACUUAUAAAAAUGCCUGAUGUCUGGAAUAUUAUCUCCUUAUUGACAACCAAUAAUCGGGUGUGCAAGUUGAACAGCAGUGUCAUGUAGUCUCACAUUAAGCAAAGCUAGUUGCAAUUAAAAACUCAUACUUCCUACAUUUUGAAGUACUUUUGCUUUUAUUAAAAAGUUAAGUCACUGCUCAUUGCAGCUAUAUUAGUAAUUCUGCUUUUUAGAAAGAGUGUUGACUAGAGACGCUUGGAUAAUGUUUUUCUCACUGAUGCAGAUUUUCCAGUUUUCUUUAUGGUUUGAUAUGCUUGGUCCGAAUUUAAUUUGUAACACAUAAAGGAGAAGGGAUCUUUAUUGCAAGUUUUUGAGUCCAGCAAAAAUUGAAGGCAUUACAGCAACUCCAUUUAUGCAUGAAAGCAUACGUCCCUCAUCUUUAUAUGAGUUUUAUUCAAGUUCAUCGUCAUACAUACUGUUGGUUGAUGUGUUUGCAGACUAAAACUAGCAAGAGUUCUUACUUUUUAUUCAUUAAUUUCUAAACAUUAUGAAAGCAAAAGAAAAACAAAACAGAUUAUUCAGUCCUUGACAUGAUCACUGUUCAAAAUUCAUUCAAGGC